UUCCAUACCCCUUUUUUAUUACCGUUCCACCCUUGUCCUUUUGAACCUUCUCUUGUUCUCUUCACAGUCUUCACUUCACUUCACUACCUCUCUCUCUCUCUCUGCCCAUUCUUUCCCUUCACAUGGCCGAUGAAACUCCAGCCCCAGCUCCCCCUGUGGCGGCACCGCCGCCGCCGCCGCCACCCGCCGUAACUAAGUCUGAUUCUCCAGCUGUUGUAGAAAAAGAAGACCCUUCACUGCCGUCUCCUGUAGAUGUUGUAUCUGUUUCUGUUACGGAAUCUGUUUCAACCGCUAUAGAAGACAAAAAGGAGCAGACGCCGCCGGCGGAACCUGUUGAACUGGUACCUGAUUCAACGGAUAAAGCAAAAAAAGAAGAGCCGCCUUUACCGCCACCACCGCAACCAGUGGAGUCAGAAUCUGAAUCACCAGCUGUGACAGAGAAAGCAAAGGAAGAAGAACCACCAGCUGCAACAGAAAAAGCAAAGGAAGAAGAACCACCAGCCCCAGCAGCAGCAACUGUAGCGGUGUUGGAAACUGAGCUACAGCAACCACCAGAACUGCCGUCGCAAGAGGUGGUUACGGAGUCGAAGUCGCUGGCGGCGAUGAUGGAGAAAGAAGAGGCAGGAGCACCAGCGCCUACUGUGUCUACUACCACAACAACUAGUGCUGAAGAAGACGUUGCUGUUGUUGUUGAAGAGAAAAAGAUUCCUCAGAAUUUGGGUUCUUUCAAAGAGGAAAGCAACAAAGUGGCUGAUCUAUCUGAUUUCGAAAGAAAAGCUUUGGAAGAACUGAAGCGGCUUGUACAGGAAGCUAUAGAUGCUCACCUUUUCACUUCAGAAACCAAAAGUGAAGAAAACCCAGAUAAGGAAAAGAAAGAAGAGCCAAAAGAGGUUUCCAUUUGGGGUAUCCCUCUUUUAAAAGAUGAUAGGAGUGAUGUCAUCCUUUUGAAGUUCUUAAGGGCUAGGGAUUUUAAAGUGAAAGAUGCGUUUGUAAUGAUAAAAAACACGAUCCGGUGGAGGAAAGAGUUCGGAAUCGAUGAGCUUUUGGAUGAAGAUCUUGGUGAUGAUAUGGAGAAAGUUGUGUUCAUGCAUGGACAAGAUAGGGAAGGGCAUCCUGUUUGUUACAAUGUUUAUGGGGAGUUUCAGAAUAGGGAUUUGUACCAGAAAGCGUUUUCAGAUGAGGAGAAGCGAAUGAAGUUUCUUCGUUGGCGGAUUCAGUUCUUGGAGAAGAGUAUCAGGAAGCUUGAUUUUAGUCCUGAUGGUAUUAAUACUAUUUUUCAGGUCAGUGAUCUCAAGAAUUCUCCUGGACCUGGAAAACGGGAGCUUAGGUUGGCAACGAAGCAGGCUCUUCAGUUGCUUCAGGACAAUUAUCCAGAGUUUGUUGCAAAACAGGUGUUUAUUAAUGUUCCUUGGUGGUAUCUCGUGUUCUAUACGAUGAUUAGUCCAUUCAUGACUCAAAGAACCAAGAGCAAGUUUGUUUUCGCAGGGCCGGCGAAAUCUGCUGAAACCCUUUUCAAGUACAUAGCACCUGAGCAAGUACCAAUUCAAUAUGGUGGCUUGAGUGUGGAUUACUGUGACUGCAAUCCAGAAUUCAGUGAUGCUGAUCCUGCCACUGAGAUUACUGUGAAACCAGGGACCAAGCAAACUGUUGAAAUAACAAUCUAUGAGAAAUGUGUCCUUGUUUGGGAGAUCCGGGUAGUUGGGUGGGACGUGAGCUAUGGUGCUGAAUUCAUGCCAAAUGCUAAAGAUAGCUAUACGGUCAUCAUUCAGAAGCCCACAAAGAUGUCUCCAAAAGAUGAGCCAGUUGUGUCCCAAUGCUUCAAAGUUGGUGAACUGGGUAAAGUAAUGCUUACGGUUGACAACCCAACUUCAAAAAAGAAGAAGCUUGUCUACAGGUUUAAGGUUAAACCCUACUGCGACUGAGGGAGCAUGGCUGACAGGGAGUUGCUCAUGGUUUUAGAUUUUGUCUUGGCACGUGGGGUUUUCCAAAGAAAUAGAUUUGUUGCUCAUUGAGCAAACACACAAACUUCUGUCUUAGUGGGGAGAAUGUGGCUGUAAAACUUACUGUAUGUGUAUCCAAUUGUUUUGUGGUGUUGUGCACUGUAUAUUUUCUUCUGUAUCAUGUCUAUAUUUUGGAACUUUUACACUCUUGUAGAUUCGGAAGAACAUAAGUUAUUGUUUGGUUUAUGUAAUCCUUCGGAUUCCUUAUUGCUAUUUGAUAUUAAUUUUCUUUGAAGAA